GAAAUAGGAUGUUAGACUGGCACAGCAGCAGUUAGGAAGAAGAUAUAAAGACACAGAGUUAUACAGAGUGGAAACAGGCCCUUCGGCCCACCGUGUGCCAGGUGUUGCCUCAUUCCUGGCUGUGGAUGUGAGGGCCGCCCCGGAGGGAUGAGCAGCCACCCGGAGACUGUGGCUGGGGGUCACCGUCCGUGGUGAGUGGCGAUGCCUCGGGAACACUGGCUGCUGUGGACGUUCCCAGCCACGUUCUGCUGCGCCAGGGUGAAGCUCCGCCAGCGCACUCUGUUCCUCCUCCUCCUCCUGCCCGCCCUGCUGCUCCUCCUCUGGCCCGUGUGGACAGCCCAGCCACCCUGCACGCUCGCCUCCUGCAGCUGCGAGACCUGUGUCACUGACCAAGGCCUCUCCGCAUGGUUCGACCAGCGCUUCAACUCUACUGUGCAGCCACUACUGACCAACGACAAUACCAACAUCUCCACUGACAUCCUCCUCUGGUGGCUGAAGCUACAGAUGAAGGCCCCGGCCGUCAGCCUGGCCCACGAGCUGCUCUUCCAGCAGGCCCCCAAGUCCCGGCUGGACCCCCGCAACAACUGCCGCUGCCACACCUGCGCUGUUGUGGGCAACUCCGGUAACCUGGUCAGCUCCAGUUACGGCCAGCUAAUCGAUUCACACCGGUUUGUGUUCAGGAUGAACCAGGCGGUGACGGAAGGCUACGAGGCGGACGUUGGCCGCAAGACCACCCACCACCUGAUGUACCCGGAGAGCGCCCGCAGUCUGGAGCCGGGGGUGAGGCCCGUGCUCGUUCCCUUCAAGCCCCGGGACCUGCAGUGGAUGCAGCCCGGCACACGAGCGCGGAGAGCCCUUCGAGUCGACUGGGACAAGGCCCUCACCUUCCAUCCGGCCUUCAUGAAGUACGUGCACGACGCCUGGACCCAGGGUCACGGCCGCUACCCGUCCACCGGCCUCCUGGCGCUCGUCCUCGCCCUGCACCUGUGCGACCAGGUGUCGGUGAUGGGCUACGGGUCGGACGGGCGCGGGGAUUGGCACCAUUACUGGGAGCGGAACCGACUGGCCGGCGCCUUCCGAUUCACCGGAGUUCACGACGCUACGUUCGAGGCCGCGGUCAUCAGGCGCCUGGCGGCCGGUGGCAAAGUCCGUCUGUAUCGGGGCCGUCUCUGACCCACUCCGGCCGGACAUUCAACGUGGCACGGCAGCGGCGGCGGCGGGGAACAUCGCCGGUAGAUACACACAUCCCACCCCACUCUGCAUUCAUAUAUCUCCUUUUCACAACUCCCCGGGGGCCACCGCAUUCCUAGCACCGACUCUCCGCCGCCGGGGUCGCCCUAAGCCCCCCCCCCCCGGGCCACAACUCUGUCCCCCGUUGUCAGUCCCAACACGCGGUCUCAGCCUCGCCGCCUUCGCUCGGUCACUUCUCUCCGGCCGCUGCCCGACACGAUGUCGUCAAACCCCGUGUCCGCCACAACACUGAGACCAUCCAGCCCUUGGGGAGGGGCCGGUGUUGGCCCACCGAGGUCAGAGGGCCGCCACCUCUUCACUUGCCCCCGUUGUGAAGCGACAGCACGGCGCAAGGCCAUUCGGCCCAACACGUCUGUGCAGACCAGCGGGAGAACAAAGAGGAAAUAGAAUGAAUUGUAUUGUGUGUCUUGUUGCUUUUCACUUCGUAUUCAAAUGUCACCUCAAUUGGUACAACUGUGACAAUAAACUGACAUGUAAACCCA